AUGGCGAGCACCAAGCUUGCGUUCCUGGCCGUCGCCGUCCUGCUUCUGCAGGCGUCGUGGUGCGCCGUGGCCCAGCAGGCCGGCACCGCCGCGGUGAUGACGCUGACCAGCUUCGAGGGGGGCGGCCCCGCGGCGUGCGAUGGCAAGUACUACAGCGACGGGGACCUGAUCGCGGCACUGUCCACGGUGUGGUUCGCGGGCGGGAGCAUGUGCCACAGGCGGAUCCGCAUCACGAACUCUUUGCCGAACGGGCUCAACCUGGUGGCCGAGGUCGUGGACGAGUGCGACACCCAGAGCGGCUGCAAGGACAACAUGAUCGCCACGUCCAAACGGGUCUGGGACGCGCUCGGGCUCGACACCAACAUCGGCGAGGUUCCCGUUACCUGGUCCAUCGCCUAA